AAAAACAGCUGGUAGCAGUCGCAGCGCCAGGAUUCCGAGUUAAACUGAACGGCAAAAAUGUUUCGUGCAGUUACAACUGCGUUGCGAGAAGGAGCCAAGAAAGCAUUUGCUGUAAGUGCAUUGGUCUAUGGAAAUGUUACAUCUACUCUUUUGUCUCCUCAAGCUCGAAGUUUAAGUGUAUUUGCUAAACAACUCGAAUGUCAAACAACAUUAAAAGUAGAAAACAAGGGUACAAAAAAUUUAAGCAAUUCUAUAAAUAAACUUCUGGUUCUUCAAACACAAUUUUCUGCUGUACCAUGUAGAACAGUUACAAAGUUUUCUUUGAAAAAAGGAAAAAGAAAAAGUGUUAAAACAGUUCUUUACAGAUUUUACAGAUUAAACUGGGGUAUAUGGAUUCGUACAAAGGCUGGGCGUCAGAAACAUUUGUGGAAAAAAAGUGCAUCACGAAGAAGAAAAUUAAAACAGCAUGUUUUCACUAAUUCAACACAGUCAUGGAUGUUGGAUAAAAUGGUAACUGCAUUUUGGAGGAGACCAAAAUAUUGGGUUGAUGAUCCUUAUGAGCCUUAUCAUAAACGUGAAGAGUUUCCUUUUACUCAAAAGAAACCGAGACCUCUACCUGAAUAAACAUUACUUAACCAACUAUUGUUAUUGCUUCUAGAUGCUAUUAAAUACACACAUCUUUUUAUU